AUGUCAAUCUAUCUACCGGAGGAGGUGGUGGUGAAAAUACUCUCAGAGCUACCCACAAAAUCCCUAAUCCGAUUCAGAUGCGUCUCCAAAAGCUGGCAUGAAAUUAUAGGAAACCUAGAUUUCCUCUCCCAAAAUCUCCUCAACCGCUCCAUUCUUGCCACCCCAGAAAAUCCCAAUCAUCAUCUCCUCCUCCUCAGAGGCAGGGAAAAAUCCGACGACGAAAAUGACGUAUUCUCUUUUCUCUCUUACGAGACCCUCGACUGUGUGUCUCAGAUCCCUCUUACUACUAUUUUCAGCUUCAUUUUCGUCGGUUCCUGUAAGGGCUUAUUGUGCAUCUACGAUGUCCAUACCGGAGGCCUAUAUCUCUGGAAUCCCGUCACACCCUUUGAAGGACUCAAGGCUCUCUCGCCCAUGCCCGUGCGUGCUAAUUCGUUUGGGUCCAGCUUUGUUUUCGGUUUUGACUCGAGAUCUAACGACUUCAAGGUGGUGAGAAUUCGUUCAUCGUUGCUUCAAGGAGAGCGUUUACAGAGCCAUGUGGAAGUAUACAGCUUAAACGGCGGAUCUUGGAGAGUGAUUGACCUACCGGAACCCAUGCUCCCUUUUUGGGGCAAUCGAAGCUGGUCGCGGACAGUGGCGUUAGAUGGGGUUUUUAUCUGGUGGAUGUCGGAUUAUAAGAUCGCUGCUUUCGACUUCAGCGACGAGGUGUUACGAUUGACGCCGCUUCCGGAUGCUUCUCAUCUCCAUCUUCUCUCGGACGGGGAUGAUGGUAGUAUUAUAACCUUGUUAAACGGGCAUGUCGCUUUGUUAGCUUUUUCUGAUUCGGAAAUGAUUGCAACACGUCCUUUGGAGAUAAGGGUGCUCGAAUUUGGUGUUAAGUAA